GUUCGCGCCUGGAGACGCCUCCCCCACUACCACGGGACCACAAAGAAGUCAUCGCUGCUGCAUCGCUCAGACCCAUGUCUCCUGGAUCAAUGGGACCGCCCUCACUCCCUGCCUCAGCUUACAAGAAACGACCGCAAACGCCAACCAUCAAGACAAGCAACAGCAAUCUCACUCCCAUGA